UCGCGCAUGCGCAGGGGAAGCGACGUCUGCAAUCAGCUGGGCCCGGGCAUUUGCAGCCCAGCCGCGUCCCACUUUUUUUGCAAGGGGGGCCCUCAAAUGGAACCGCCAUAGAGGAGGGGUUUUGUACAAAUGCACCAAGAGCAACCAAGCCCAUCAUCCCCCAAAGCCCAGGGCACAAGGAGCAGCAGAGAAAAAGAAGCUGGGAGGAGGAGAAAGCAUUGCAAUAUUUUGCAAAAAAAAAAAAUCCAUUUAAUUUAAUUUAUUUUUUGAUUAAAAAGCCCCAGUCUUUCCCUUCUUAACCUUUUCAUGGAGAUCUCAAGGAGAAGAAGAGCACUGAGGCUCAUGCGACCAGGAAGCAUUGCAUCAAAAUGCUGAUAGUUGAAAAGACAACUGACUACCCAACUGCUGAGUACUCUUUGGUGGAGGAUGUAGCUCUCCACUUCACCUGUUUGAUGGACAGACUGAAUGAGCAGCGCCUCUUUCAGCCAGACCUGUGUGACGUCGACAUUGUGCUGGGGCAACAGAAGAGCGUCUUCCCGGCCCACAAGGGUGUCCUCGCUGCCUACAGCCCGUUCUUCCAUUCCCUCUUCACCCGGAACAAGCAGCUCCAGCGAGUAGAGCUUUCCUUGGAGACCCUGACCUCCCAAGGCCUCCAACAGAUCCUGAACUUCAUCUAUACCUCCAAGCUCUUGGUGAGUGUCUUGAACGUCCAGGACGUCCUGAGCGCCGCAGGAGUCCUGCAGAUGAGCAACAUUGCUUCCUCCUGCCAGGAGCUCAUCAACACCCGGUCUCUCAGCUUGGCCAUGGCGAGCAAUAUGGCAUUGCCACCAGAUAGUUGUGGAAAAAAUGCCCCAUCUCAAUAUUACUGCGAGAUCAAGCAAGAGCUGGAUUCCUCAAACCCCAAGAUCUACUCCCGGGAAGGGAACGAGUCGUUUUCGGUGCGGGUGGAGGACAGCACCACACGGGGAGGCAACCAGAACCCCUCGGUCGUAGCUGGGAGGAAGUUGUAUAAAGAGGGAGAAGGAGGCAGCCCUCCCGUUUGCAAGAUGGAGGGUGGACAAUCUGAGGAGGUCCUAGUUGACCGGGGAUCUUACAGCCGUGGUGAACAGAUCAUUGUAGAAGUCAACCUCAACAACCAGACCCUCAAUGUCUCAAAGGGGACAGAGGGGAAACCUGCCAGUGCCAACCAAGUGACAACUGUUGCCACAGUGAUUGGGCGGUCUAAAGGGGAAGGACCUGCCACUGUGGGGAAUGGAGAGAAGGAGAACGGAGAAAGGGAGGAGGAAGAGGAGGAGGACGCUGAAGCGGAGGAGGAGGAGGAAGAGGAAGAGCACACUGAAGAAGAGGACGUGGAAGAGACUACCGAGGAGGAGGAGGAAGGAGAAGUGGAUGAGGAAGGGGAGGAGGUGAUGGCUGAGAUCAAAAUGGAGAAGUCGGGGGCCACUCAGAGGCCCAGUGGCAAGGUAGCCAAGGCAACCAAGAUGUCUGUGUCCACUGGAUCCCAGGAGGUGGCUACCAUUUCGGUAACUCUGGAAGAGGACGAAGAAGAGGAGGAGGAAGAGGAAGAAACUGAGGAGGAAGGAGAAGACCAAAGAGGCAAGAAGAAGAAGAAGGAGCAGGACAGUCUUGGCCAGAAGGUCAAGUUGGAAGAGAAGCAGCACUACCCAUGUGAGAAGUGCCCCCGGGUCUUCAACAACCGCUGGUACCUGGAAAAGCACAUGAAUGUCACACACAGCCGCAUGCAGAUCUGUGACAAGUGUGGCAAGAGGUUUCUGUUGGAGAGUGAGCUGCUGCUGCACCACCAGACGGACUGUGAGAAGAACAUCCAGUGCACAACAUGCGGGAAAGCCUUCAAGAAGCUCUGGUCCCUCCACGAACACAACAAGAUCGUCCACGGCUAUGCGGAGAAGAAGUUCUCCUGCGAGAUCUGCGAGAAGAAGUUCUACACCAUGGCGCAUGUGCGGAAACACAUGGUUGCGCAUACCAAGGACAUGCCCUUCACCUGCGAGACGUGUGGGAAGUCGUUCAAGCGGAGCAUGUCGCUGAAGGUGCACUCUCUCCAGCACUCGGGGGAGAAGCCGUUUAAAUGUGAGAACUGCAACGAAAGGUUCCAGUACAAGUACCAGCUCCGCUCUCACAUGAGCAUCCACAUCGGCCACAAGCAGUUCAUGUGCCAGUGGUGCGGGAAGGACUUCAACAUGAAGCAGUACUUUGACGAACACAUGAAAACACACACAGGGGAAAAGCCAUACAUCUGCGAGAUCUGUGGGAAGAGCUUCACCAGCCGCCCCAACAUGAAGCGCCACCGCCGGACCCACACGGGGGAGAAGCCCUAUCCAUGCGACGUCUGCGGCCAGCGCUUCCGGUUCUCCAACAUGCUCAAGGCCCACAAGGAGAAGUGUUUUCGGGUCAGCACCCCUCUGUCCUCGGAUCCCGGCGCCAACAACAGCGACGCAAACUCCAUGGGUCUCGCCGCUCCCGAGAGCGCCAGUUCGGCGCACUUGCUGGCCGGAGCUCCUCCCCACGCGAUGCCGCAUUCUCACACGCUCCCUUUGCCACUCAUGCAUGCUCAUGUGCAAAGUGUCCCUCCUCCACCCCUCUUGCCGCCACCACCGCCUCUUUUUCCAGGAAACAGACCGAACUUGGAUAACUAGGGCUUGCGCCGUUUUAUUCCGGGUGCACAAGAAACACACCUGUAAUUCAGUAAGUGCCCAGUAGGUGUCAGUCAAGGACAUUACUGACAGCUGGACAGGAAGUAGCUUAAAUGAGUUUAUUUUUAAUGCGCUUAGUCGCUAGAUUUCUGCUUGAAAGGCUGGAUGUUUCCAGGCUUGAGUGGGAGCAGCCUGAGCCCACAGAGAUCAUCUUUCACGCGCAAAAUACCUAGGACACAAAACUAAGCUAUGACUCCGUUCACACAUAUAAGGGUGUAGACCAAGUGGUGCAAGAUCUAUCAGAUGGCUUGUUUGCCUUCACAAAGAUCCAAACUAUUUCUGGACCUGUCUUGCUAAAUGUUCCAGGGAUAAAUGGAAGGGGAAUGCAUAUAGAAUCAAAGAGUUGGAAGAGACCUCAUGGGCCAUCCAGUCCAACCCCAUUCUGCCAAGAAGCAGGAAUAUUGCAUUCAAAUCACCCCUGACAGAUGGCCAUCCAGCCUCUGUUUAAA